AUGACUGAGAGUCUCCGCUGCAGACUGGUGCAUUACUUAGAAGAGUUGACCGAGGAGGAGCUCAAGAAAUUCAAGUUGUUUCUAGAGGAUUCUUCCCCUAGAGAGAGAUUUCUCAGGAUCCCUAGGGGUAAGAUGAAAAAGGCUGAUAACACUGACAUGGCUGAACUCAUGGUUCAUCAUUAUGGGGAAUGGGAGGCAUGGGAAGUGGCCCUCAUGAUAUGGGAGAAGAUGGGCUUAAGAGAGCUUUGGGAGCAAGCAAAGAGAGAGCCACCACAAAUAGGUAAACUUAGUAGGAACAGCAGGACCCUAACAGGGAAGAACAGAGAAUCAGAGAGAAGAAAGUCAAGAUUUUGGGGACAUGUUGCCAGACUAAAGAAAAUGUGGUCAGGCAUGGACCAUGUGGAUCAAUGGAAUGAAGGUAACAGAAGAACAUACAGAAACCAAAUUAUAGAGAAAUUCCAGGUCAUGAGGGAUAGGAACUCUUGUCCUGGGGAAUAUGAAAACUUACACCACCGAUUCACACAGCUAUUGCUUCUACAAGAAUAUCGUUACAGAGAGCAAAAAGAACAUGAGCUCCUGGCCAGUGGAAGGGAACAUGCUGAGAUCAUGGAAAAUCAAGGCCAGCUUAUAGAAGUGGCAGCUUUAUUUGAUUCUGAUGAGAAGAGAGGAGCCUGUCCACAGAUUGUUGUACUUCAGGGGGCUGCUGGGAUUGGAAAAACAACACUGGCCAGAAAGGUGAUGUUGGACUGGGCAGAGGGAAAUCUCUACCAGCACAAGUUCCACUAUGUUUUCUAUGUCAAUUGCAGAGAAAUGAACCAUCUGAGGGAGAAAAAAACAAGGUUUGCUGAUUUAAUUAGUAAUAAUUGGCCUUCUCUGGAGGAUCCCAUGACAAAAGUCCUUUCCCAGCCAGAAAAACUCCUGUUUGUCAUUGAUGGCUUGGAUGAACUGAAAUUUCCAUGUGAUGAGCACAGCUUUGAUCUGUGUAAAGAUUGGAAUCAACAGCAGCCAGUGCCCAUCCUCCUGAGCAGUUUAUUGAGGAAAACCAUGCUGCCUGAGUCUUCUCUCUUGAUCACUACAAGACUCACUGCCCUGGGGAAAUGUGAUUUUUUAUUUGAAAACCCACGUCAUGUAGAGAUCCUAGGGUUCUCUGAAGAGGACAGAUGGAAGUAUUUCUGCAACUUUUUUGGAGAUGAAGAUCAAGCCCAGCAAGCCUUUAGUUUGAUAGCUAACAAUGAAACUUUGUUCACUAUGUGCUUUGUCCCACUGAUGUGUUGGAUAAUCUGUACUUGUCUGAAACAGCAAAUGAGGAGAAAAAAAGAUCUUAAACAAGCCUCCAAAACCACCACAACCUUAUACAUGUGUUAUCUUUCUAGUUUAGUCACCCCUGGUAACAGGAGCUUUUCAGUUCAGCACCACAGGGGCCUCUGCCGCAUGGCUGCUGAGGGAAUUUGGGAGGGGAAAAUUUUGUUUGAUGGCGAUGACCUGAGGAGGCAUGGUUUAGAGGCAUCUGAUGUCUCUGCUUUCCUGGAUAUGCACAUUUUUCAGAGAGAUAGUGACUCUGAAAAUUGCUACAGCUUCAUUCACUUGAGUUUCCAAGAAUUUUUUGCUGCCAUGUUCUAUGCCCUUGGGGAAGAGAAGGAAAUUAGUGACAGCUCAACCCCUCUCAUCCCUGGGAUCAAAGACCUUCUAGCAAAGUGCAGAGACUCUGCCACUAGCUUUGUGUCUUUAACAGUGUAUUUUUUGUUUGGUUUCCUGAAUGCAGACAACAGAAAGAGGCUAGAAGAGAUAUUCAGCUGUAAAAUAUCACAAGAAAUAAAGUUGGAUUUAUUGCAAUGGAUACAAGCAGGGAUUGAACAGCAACAUAAAGAUUCUUAUUUGAGGAAUCAUCUGCUGGAAAUAUUUUCUCAUUUAUAUGAAACUCAAAAUGAGGACUUUGUGACAUCUGCAAUAGCUCACUUCCCAGAAAUCAGUUUGAACAUUUAUUCCAAAUUACAUUACUUGGUUUCUGUCUUCUGCAUCAAAUUCUGUCAUAAUUUGGAGAGAAUUCACCUCAACAUAGCUAGGUUCCAGUCGAAGUCACUUCAAUUCAUGGUUCCCCAACUUACUGAGGUUGACUGGCAGCAUCUAUUUUCAGUGCUUGCCAAGAAACAAAACCUAAGAGACCUGGACCUGAGUGGCACUGAACUUGCCAAUUCAGCUAUGAAUGUCCUUUGUUCGGAACUAAGUCAAUCUAGCUUUAAACUACAGAAAUUGAGUUUGUCCAAAUGCCAGAUCACUGCCUCUUGUUGUCAGCUUCUGUCAUCGCUCCUUAAGAACAACAGAAGUCUAAUAUAUCUGGACCUGAGCAUGAAUUUCCUUGGGGAUGAAGGAAUGAAAGUACUAUGUGAAGUCUUAAGAAAUAAGAACUGUAAUAUACAGGAUCUGAGGUUGUCCAGGUGCCACUUUUCUAAUGCCUGCUGUAAGAUUCUUUCCUCUGCUCUCAAGGCCCAUGGAAGAAUGAAAUAUAUAGAUCUGAGUGAAAAUAACCUUCAGGAUACUGGAAUGAACCUACUUUGUGAAGCCUUGGGAGAUCCAGAUUGUAACCUCCAGGAAUUGAAGCUGUCUCAGUGCCAUCUUACUGCUGGCUGUUGUCAAGAUCUCUCUACUUGCAUCAAGAACCAAAGCCUGACACAUCUGGAUGUGAGUGGCAAUUUUCUUCGUGAUUGUGGCAUGAAGCUGCUGUGUGAAGCUUUAAGACACCCUGCCUGUAAUCUACAGAAAUUGAUGUUAUCCCUGUGCCAUCUCACAGAUUCCUGUUGUCAGGAUAUUUCCUCUGUUCUUAAGAGCAAUAGGAGUCUUAUUCAUUUGGACCUGGGAUGUAACAGCCUGUACAACCAUGGGGUGAAGCUAUUGUGUGAAGCCUUAGAAAAUCAGGAUUGUAACUUACAGACCCUAGAGUUGUGGAACUGCCAGAUCUCUGCUGCUUGUUGUUAUGCUCUCUCCUCUGUUCUCAAGAAAAACCAAAGUCUGACCCAUCUGAAUUUGGGUGCUAACCCCCUGCGAAAUAAUGGGGUGAAAGUGCUAUGUGAGGCUCUGGGAAACCAGAAUUGUAAAUUACAAGAACUGAAGUUGUGUAAGUGCCUUCUCUCCGUAGCAGGAUGUCGAUAUCUCUCCUCUGCACUCAAGAGCAAUCAAAGUCUGAUAGACCUAAAACUUACAGGCAAUGGCCUGGGUGAUGAUGGAGUGAAGCUUCUGCUGGAGGCCUUGCGAAGCCAGGAUUGUAAACUGCAAAAACUAACGCUGGAUAAGUGGAAAUUAAGUGCAGACACUCAGAGAAUCCAGGAUGAGCUGAGGCAGAGCAAACCUCAUCUAAUCAUUGAAAACUCAAGUCUAUGUUAACUGUCUCCUUUGGGACUUGGUGGAGAUUUAAAGUAAUGGUGAGGUAAAAAAAAAA